CAAUUAUAUGGACAUAGUCACUAUUAAAAUUUAGUUUGUUGUUCUGAAUAAAAACUAUAAUGUUAAAAAAAAAAAAAAAAAAAAAAAAGGAUAACCUUUACUUUGUUGUGAUCUUGUGGGAUCUGUAGAUCAGAAUGGCUCAGAGGGAACGUCGCUCCAAUGCUGGGAAUCGCAUGGCAAAGCUGUUGGACGAAGAGGAGGAAGAUGAUUUCUACAAAACCACGUACGGUGGCUUUCAGGAAGUAGCUGAGGAUAACGAUUAUGUUCAAGAAAAAGAAACGGAGGAUGUGGUGGACUCCGAUUUUGAUAUUGAUGAAAAUGACGAACCGGUGUCUGAUCAGGAAACCGAUGAAAAGCAGAAAAGAAAAGUUGGCACUAAGGCAUACAAGGAUCCCAACAGGAAGAAGAAAGUAGCAGGAGCAUCAGCAGCAGUAGACAAACCAAAAAAAGUCAUUGUAAAGAAACCAAAGGAACUGAAGCCAAAAGAAGAAAAGGCUGAUAAACAAAAAAGGUUUGAACAAAUUGAAUUGGAGAGAAAGAAGAUACGUCCUACAAAGAAAACGAUUACUGGUCCUAUUAUAAGAUAUCAUUCGUUUUCUGUACCGAUUUCAAAUCCAGACGAUGAAAAGACAAGUUUGACGCCGAUAGCAGAUCUUACGCUAAGUGACAUCAUCAAAAGUGAAGAAGGCUUUCUGCCAGAUGAAAAUGCAGACGUGUCAAUGACAGAUCUGAAAACUGAGACAGACGAAUUCGCUAAGACUGAUACCAAAAUUGAUGUAGAAGUUAUCGGCCCGGAUGAUGACUUGGAUGUUGAAUCUUUGCCUAAAGCAGAAAAGCCGGACAAACCUAAGAGCAAUCAAGUGAAACACUACGAGCGAACGUUGCUAUCUUUCGAGAAUGACAUCAAAGAUAGAGCCUUCCGCUCUUGCUUCCCCAAGAGGCCGGUUAAGAGGAGGCGAGAACUGCUGUGCGCUGUCACUAAGAGGCCAGCCCGCUACAUAGACCCGAUCACCAAACUGCCGUACAGAAGCGUGGACGCGUUCAGAAUCAUACGGGAGGCGUAUUACCAACAGCUUGAGGCUCGAGGCGACAGAUCCGACCCACAAACCGCAGCCUGGUUGCAAUGGAGGAGAGCUGAUGCUGCGUCUACAUACGUCCAGAUACAUAUCAAGUGAAACGGAGAUUAUAAUGGUUAGGCUAGUUCCAUUGGCCCCAACGUUGGAUCCAUAAAGUUAAUAUAUCUAUAGUCUGGUCUGUGAGCACGUAGAAUUUUGUCCAAUGACCCCAAGCUACCCAUCCUUAU